AUGGCUCAGAUAGGCCCUCCAACUUAUCCAAAUGCAAGAUUUAAGAAAUUCCCAUUGUAUCGACAAUCAAGAGAGUUUGUAGAGAGCAGUGAUGAUGACUCAUCACCAGGACAGUCAGCUGAUGUGUACACUGAUGGCUGCUGUUAUCAAAAUGGCCGUUAUGGAGCAAGUGGUGGAAUUGGUGUUUACUGGGGCCCAGAUAACUCACAAAAUGUUUAAAAAAGGCUGGAAGGGAGGCAGACCAAUCAAAGGGCUGAAAUUGAGGCUGCUUGUACAGCUGUGGAACAGGCCAGGAGUCAAAAUAUCACAAGACUUAAUAUUCAUACGGACAGCAAGUUUACAAUAAACGGUGCGACUAAAUGGGUUCAUUCAUGGAAGAAGAAUGGUUGGAAAACCAGCACUGGCGGAGAUGUAAUUAACAAGAAUGACUUUAAGAAGCUUGAACAGUUAUGUGAGGGUAUGGAAGUAAAAUGGAAACAUGUGCCUGGACUUUCUGGUAACAUAGGAAAUGAAAUGGCUGACCGUCUGGCAAGAAGAGGAACUAAAAAUGAGUGCAAAAACUGAUGUUCAUGCCAUAGUUCUGACACCGACAGCAGAAA